AUGGAUUCUAUUACCUUUCGGUUUAACGACCUUCCAACUGAACUUGCCCUCCUCAUCCUCAGAUAUGCCGCGCAAACCACCUUUGACCAGGCUGAAAAAUAUGACAAGGUCAACUGUCCAUACUCAUCCGUGCUCACACUCUGUCUCGUCUCCAAAAAUUUCAGGCGCGCGGUGCUUCCCGCACUCCUGCACACCGUAUUGCUGCCGAAACCUCGAAACGUGAGAGUGUUCGUGCAAGCUCUGCUUACACAGGAAGCAUACAAGCAGGCAAGCAGCGAUCUCCACUUUGAUUAUGCGCCCCAUGUGCAUAAGAUGUGGAUUGGACUCGAUGGUGGCAAUCUCACAUCAGCUGACUUGCUCGCUGAUCCCCGGGAAUAUGCACUGCAACCGUCUGAGCGCCCGCUUGCUAUCAACCUCCUAACUCCGGUGAUGCUCGCUGCGUCAUCUCUUGCCCUCGGCUGGACAAGCGUAGACCUUCUUAUUGAAUGCCUGGAGCAUGCAUGGGAGUCCCGUCCAGCCACACCCGUUAACGAAGAACAUCCUCGACUUCCCUGGAAUACCGAAACACUAACACUAUCGUGUGGGGACCCCAUCAACCGCACAAAGUGGAAAUGCCUCACAGAUACUCCCCAGGGAUCUGCUUUCCUUGCUUCAAUCUCUCACCUCUUAUCUCCCACAUACUUAUGCCGCGACAACCCGCUGCAAGUCUACCGCCUGCCUGAGUGGAUGAAGACCGCUCCAUUGGCUUCCUUUAAGAGCCUUCAAACCGUCAUACUGCCGUACCCGUGUACCACACCCCCCAUCAAUCUACGUGCGCUGGUCACUACGGGAGUUGAUAUGCAGAUGCAUCUGCUGACGUUGCCCGCAACCCUGUUGAAGGACCCCAACAAUGGCAUUCCCAAGGCAAUAAAGGUGUUUGACGAUAUUAUUGGUCCUGGAGAGGAGGCCACUCGAUCGGAUGGUACCCGUUUACAGGUAUCUGAAGUACUCUGGUGUUCUCGUUCGGGGUGGGAGAAGGUUUGGGCCUGGAUGUUAUGA